UCAAACAUUGAACAAGGAGAAGUGUUGCGAUGGAUAGAAGAACAAACCAUGAAGCUUCAGAAAACUUCCAUGCUCUCUGGAUCCUUGAGUGCAUCAACGUUGCAGUCUCUGAUAAGAAUGAAAGGCGCAAAGAAUGUGCUCGAGAUUGGAACUUACACAGGUUUCACAGCAAUUGCCAUGGCAGCUGUUGCAUCUCGUGUGGUGACAGUGGAUAAUUUCAAAGCUGAACCAGCUUCAGAAGAUGUCUGCCGAGAAGCUAUCAAAAUGGCGAAUGUGAAUGUUUCAAUCAUGAAGAUGGAUGCAAAAGAUGCUCUCAACUGUUUGGUUAACGAGGUGAAGGAACCCUUCGACUUCGUUUUCAUUGAUGGCGACAAGAAGGAACAAAUUGAUUACUACGAAUUCUUGUUGAAACAUCCUCAUCUUUUCGAUCCAAAAGGAGUCAUUGCAGUAGACAACACUUUAUGGUAUUCAAGAGUUUUUCAGAGUGAUGACAAAAUAGGAGAUGAAGACACUGUGGCUGUUCGAAAGUUCAACGACCACAUCAAGCGUGACCCUCGAACAUUUGUGUCUAUCAUUCCGGUGCGCGACGGAAUAACAUUA